AGCUGAACACACUGCACGAGAGAGAACUGCACAAUUCAGCAGUAAGCCAUUGAGGGAGAGAGAGGGGGUUGAGAGACAGUGAGGAACAACGGUGCAGCCAAGGAAACCAAAGAAACACUCCUCUACCGAAUUCUAAAACCCUGGCCAGAGAAGAGAAGAGAAAGCAAAGCAGCAGAGACAAAGCAUUCUUGGCUUUCAGUCUAAAAGAAGAGGAAGAAGAAAUUAAUGCGUUAGGCUAAAUCAUUUGCUUAAUAUACAAAUUCAAGGAGAACAACGUGACAGGACGUUUUUUUUAUUUUUUAAAAGCUCCUAAUACAAAGUGAAGGGUUGUAGAGCAACGCUGAAUGAAUGCAUCUGGGAGAAGAAGGGAGCAGAAACAGGACCAAAGCGACAAUGAGGAUCAUGAGGUUGAUGCUUUCACUCAGCUUCCUAUUCCACAGUGCUUUUGCAGUGAUCCCUUCAGCGAGUUCUCCCUCUAUCACUGCUGGGUCAUCGUCAACUAGUGGGGGAGGCACAUCAUCCAAUCUUAACCAGACACAGGCAACAGAUGCAGUCACCACGGCAAACAUUACUGCUGACAAGGCGACUGCAGAGCCUCAAGUUUUUGCCCAAACACAAUCCCAAUCUUCCAUCAUAAACAACCCAUCAUCAUCUCACAUUAGCAUCUCUAGUGCCCCUCCCACUGUUGCCCAUGCUGCUGCUACCUUAAGCCCACCAAAGGCUACAAUACCAGUUACAACAGCUAUAACAUUUUCAACAGUUGCAACAGCUGACAGUGGCGGCACAUCAGUGGGAUUCCAUACUACUGUCAAAGUACAGACACCUGAAGCCUCUGUAGCUAGUACAAAAUCCACGACUGAGCCGUCGGUCAUGCUGACAACAAGUCCAUACCAUGCGGAAACAUCAAAAAUCCCAACAUAUCCUACAACAGAACAAACUCAUGCAGCCAUUACCGAGACGAGUGAAGGAGACACAAAGACAACAACUGUGCCAGUUACAACAAACUGGCAGACAAAAUCAAGGACCACAGAGACUGGGAAAACAGGGACCACCAGAACCCCCCCCACUCUGACAACAGGAUCUGCUGUACUUGAGAACCUAAGUGGAACAACAUUCCUGCAAACCUCUAAUGCCGCCACCACAGAUCCUCUGCCAAAGAUAUUUCUGUAUUCUCUAAACAGCAAACCUGAGAAAGAGAAAAAUAAGGAUCUGGUGGAGAUGUGCAAGCGGCUGAUGGCAAAUUUGCAAGAUGGGAACUGCACCCUGAUAUGGAGGCAUAAAAAUGGCAAAGUACUGAUUGACUGCAUGGAAAUAAAUGGCAAAGUGAAAACCAGCAGCAUAACCCAGUAUUAUGAGGAAUUCUCCAAGAAACCACCAGAUAAUAAAACCCUGAUAGCCAUACUGGCCUCAUGUGGAGCUCUGCUCAUCAUGAUCUUUAUCCUUGCCAUCUGUGCCUCUCACCACCGCAGGUCAUACAAUGAGAACCAGCAACACCUUACAGAGGAGCUGCACACUGUGGAGAACGGUUACCAUGACAACCCCACGCUGGAAGUGAUGGAGGUGCAGCCAGAGAUGCAGGAGAAGAAGGUGGCGUUAAAUGGAGAGUUCAACAAUGACAGCUGGAUUGUCCCCAUUGACAACCUGCUGAAGGAGGACAUACUUGACGAGGAGGACACCCACCUGUAAGGUGCAGGGACAAAGGAAGAGAAGAUGAGAUAAGCGAGGAUAACAGGACCUGGUCAGUUCCAGUCCAGACAAACAAAAGCAUUCACACUUCUCACUCUAUGCCAGCCCGACCAGCUAGUCUGACACUCCUGACCCUGGGAUCCUAUUGCUCGAUAGGACAUGUAAUUAGACAAUUAACAUCUACGAGUACUAAGCCACCAAAUUAAGGGUGUUGACCUGCUCUGUUUGAUCUAUUAACGGGAAAUAAGGGUAAAAAUCCAAACACUGAUGAUGAAGAAACAAUAAUAUCAGAUAUGUUGAACAUGAAAAAGUAAUAGGCAUAUUUUAAAUCCAAUCUAUUGUGUGGGCACAAAAGUGCUCAUACAAUGGUUUUAAUAUAAGUUCUACUUCACUGAGAGCACAAUUCAAAGAUGUUUGUAUAAUUUAUUACACAUACUCAUUCAUUCAAAAAAUGCUGAAAGAGUCUCAAAAUUCUCUUACAAAAACAGUUGUGUGGAUGUUUUUGCAUUAGAUUUGCAUGCAGACAGGCCCAAACUACAUGCUCCAUAGGUUCAGAAAGCAGAUCAGACCAGUAACAACUGCAUCAGCUGUUGCCUCAACAGUUCCAGAGUAACCAAUUAACCAUCGCAGGACACUUUAAAGCAUCCAGGUGAUUUCCACUACUGAAUGUGGGCCAUGAGGAAAACUGAGCACUAACAUAAUUCAUUAAUUGCAGAGCUGAAAGGACAAUGCUUAAAGCAGAUGCAAUUGGAGGAAUAAGAAAUACUUUUAUCAAAAAUACCAUAGGAUGGUAGGGUGUAUGAAAAGCCAGAGAGGACAUAUUCCAAAUAUAUUUUGUCUUGAUAUGUGUCAUUCAUUGACGUAAAAUCCAUGUGAAUACACAAAGGGCCUCAGCAAAACACAUUCGUUUGUUUGUUUUAAAGUUGUGCGUAUGAGUGGAGAACAUGUUCCAUCGAUCAAUUUUCUUGUAUUUUGAGUUGUCUUACAAGUAUGAAUAGAAUUUCAACACCUGUUGUAACCUGAGUCAACUUUUAAAUUUGUGAGCUUUUUUUCAAUUUUACUUCAGCUCUUUUUACUCAAGAAUUCUUUAUUUCAUUCAUUUGGAGCAAUACAUAUGACAACAAUAUAUAAAUUACCCCUCACAGUUAUGUAGACAAUAGUUUGGUAACUUAACAACUUGAAUAAUAAUAUAUUUGAAGAUUUAUUAAUACUCCUGCUAAAUUUUUCAACUUGUUGGCCUUUAGAUAAUUCCCUAAAAUUAUUUAUUCUUAUGCUUUAGGUUUGUGCUUUAACUCUCUGCCUCAUGACACAGAGUCUACCGACAGAGAGGACUGGAGCGCUCAUAUGAGCAGCAUCAUGAGCUGUGGUAGAGCACAAAGUUUAUGUUGUGAAGCCAAAAUGGAUGUGACUUGACACAGCUGGUGGCUGCUAUGCACAUCAAAUUAUUUUAGCCUGCUUUAUAUAGUAUAACAUUACAAUCAAAGGUGUACUGAUCCAGUACCAGCAGAAAAACAUGCCAGUGUAACAACAUCUAUUACGGCACAUAUCAUUUCAUCAAAAUCAGUGACGGGGACCUCCCCAAGUUGCCGUCAUCGAAUGCCUUGCUGUGGAAAGACAUUAUUUUCCUAUCAAAACAUUUCAUCUUUAUUUCAGAGACAGUGCGAUACACAGGUGACGCAGUAUUAACAGCACUGAUCCACUGCCGAUGCUUCUAAAGAUUCUAGCCUUUCCUCUUUGGAUAUCUGAAAUCAGGAGCAUUUAUUUUGUUGAUUUGUUAUCCUAGAGCACUCGAUAAAUUAACAUAGCUAGCGUUCAUAAUGUCACAUUACACACUUUUCUGAGGUUAGGAGCUAUGAAUCUAACUUGCCAUUUUCAUUCAAACUCCAGACAGUACUUACAAUGUUCUUGCAUGAGGCCCAUUGAUUACAUGCUCACAUUUUCUUAGAUUUUCUUAGUCACCUAUUAGACCACACAUAUCUUUGGAUUUAGGACUCAUAGUGGCAAAAAAAAACAAUUAUCAAACAAAUUAUGAAACAAAUAAUUAAUUGACAGCUAUUGAUCAUGAAAAUAACUAUUCGUUGCAGUUCAGCUCCAUGUAACAAGUGUUUUUUACAGUAUGUCACUGCUUCGCGCUCAUCAAGGUGAUUUUCCCAAUAGUCUGCAAAGCAGGACACAAACUGAGAGCCACCACUCAAGUGAUAAACCAGUUAAUUUCAGAAAGAACUUCCAUCUACUAGGUAAGUUUCUUGGGAGAGUAUGUCCAGAUUAUAAACUUUUGAAGGUAUCGGAUGACACUUUUUCCUAGAAAAUAUUACAAAACUGCCACCUUCUCAGUCCAAUAACUAUUAUUAAAAAGAAUGUUAAUUGGACCGAUGCAGAUCAAUACUGGUAUUGGUAAGUACAGACACUGUACCAAUAACUGUGCAUAUCUUUAGCAAAGGCUGUAAAUAGUAUGCAAAGGGUGUCGUUUUCACUGUUGCUGAUGCUUAAAAUGCACUUACCUUUAAAUCACCUAAGUAAGUUAAUCUAUAUUUAGUUCCACUUCAAACUAUAUAAAAGUUAUUACAACACCUUGGCUACUCCAGUCCAACCAUUUUUGUGUUUGCAUGUCUAUAUUUUCAUUUAAAUCAUAGUGAUGAAUUUUCACAAAAGUACCUUUACUUGUAUUAUAUGUAUUUAUAAUUUGUUUUCUGCUGUAAGAAAAUGACAGGGGUCUGACACACUGGAGGCGGUAAACUGUCAACUAUCUUAGCGGUCAUGUUCAAAUUUGCAAAUAAAGGAAGUGUUUUUCCACUAUG